AUUUGGCGAGACGGGGAUGUGCGUCGAUUGAAUUCGGUUGUGAUUGAUCUGGGGGCUACGAAGCUGUUUUUUCCUUCCCGGACGGAGUGAGCCCUACUCCUGGAUACUGGGUGGUAGGGGCUUGGCCAACAGAGCUCUGAAAUUACUCGCACGGGGUGAGGCUGAUUUUUAGGGUUGUGAGCAAUUCUGGUUUGCCAGCAAUCCAGUAGUGCUUCACUGAUAAUGCUUUACGUCUUGUUCUUUUACUGGAAGCAGUUGUUUCACAGUCUCUGCGAUAGAUGAGAUGACAGUCCUGUCUUCUCAGCUGGAGCUCGAGCGACCAGUGCUACGCGAGAAGUCUGCAACCGACAGUUCUGUUGGUCGUUUUGCCUGCUGCUGAAGUAGCUCAUCUGUCUCCCGAAACAGGUUGCUUAGUAGUGUCGCCACGUCACUCUGAGCAUUAUAAGUUUUCUUCUAAUGCCCCAGUGGACUGUAGAUCCAUUUAGCGUUCGAAGUGUUUAUUUCUCGCUGUUUACGAGAAUUGGAUCCUUUGAUCGAUCUGUCAUCAACGUUUGCUGAAAGCGUGGGAAGUUCACUGAUCAGUUGGUAUAAGCAAAUCUUCUAUUGGUGUCCGUCUGCAAUUUAGACGAACAUGUGGGAGCGGAAAGUUUAGAUUCAGCUACUUGCGAAAGUAGCGGAGUUAACCAUUUAGAAAUGUCAGCGGAGUUUAUCGGUAUUAGGUGCGACGAUCUCCUAAGUUCCGCGGCGGAUUCUUCAAACAUUGAUAGGUGUUAAAAAGGAAGGAGAAAUGGGGAAUGGAUAUGGUCCGCUUGUGGCGACGUACACUGCGCUCAGCAUGGGUGGGCUUGCAUGGAGAAUCAACUCUGCGCUAAAUGGUGCUAUUCCAGAAGAUGUCCAUCUGGAAAAGAGAGCUUUGGAUCCCAGUGAUGCUGCCCGGGUUCUGCAGUCCCUACUCCAAUCCACCAUAACAAUCGCAUUGCUGGGAAACCUCGUAUUCAACUUUUUCCUUCUCGUGGCUCUUUUUACGAAGACUCUGUUUUUUGGACAGCUCUCUUUGGUGGAGACACAAAAGGUCGUGGAGCGCCUAAUAAACUAUGUACUCUUUAAGGGCCUUUUCCUUACUUGGGUGGUUCAGCCUGAAAUGAUGGCUAUCGCCCUCUGGCUGGCCUGGUUUGCUGUACUGGGCUUCCUUAAGAUGUUUCAAGGUUUGGCAAGGGACCGCUUGGAGCGUUUGAACGCCUCUCCUACGGCGACUAUGCUCGCGCAUGUGCGGGUCUUUGCAGUUCUGGUACUCGUUCUCUUGUCCGACUUGUUCUGGAUGCGUCUUUGUAUGUGGGUGUUCAAAGACACUGGCACUAGCACAUUCAUGCUGCUACUUUUUGAGCCUCUGAGCAUUGCUUUUGACACACUUCAGGCAGUAGUAGUUCAUGGUAUGCAGUUGCUGGACACUUGGCAGCGGCACAGUCUGGAUACCUCCUCACAUGUAGCAACCAUGCAACCCUCUGAAAGGUCUGCUGCAGGCGCAGCUUGGGAAUGGAGAGGAACAGUCGUUCGCAACUGGAGUUUUGCAAUGGAUAUCGUCAGUCUGAUGCUAGCCUUGGGUCAUUGUGUACAUAUUUGGUGGCUGCGAGGCCUCGCGUUUCAAGUUGUUGACGCAGUUCUCUUCUUGAAUUUACGGGCAUUGUUGAGUGCAAUUUCAAAACGCAUCAAAGGUUUUAUGCGACUUCGAACGGCCAUGAACACUUUACAAGGAGCCUUGCCAGAUGCAACUCAAGAAGAACUCUUGGCGUAUGAAGAUGACUGUGCCAUCUGCAAGGAGCCCAUGGCAAGGGCAAAAAGGCUACCUUGCGCACAUCUGUUCCAUCUUUCGUGCCUUCGAUCUUGGCUCGAUCAGGGUUUAGCGGAGACGUAUUCGUGUCCUACUUGCAGGCGGCCCCUUUUUAUGGGAAGUUCCAGAAUUUCGCCCCCUAAUACUCAAGGUGGGCAAAGAUUCCCUGAAGAAGUUAUGACACGCAACUUGUUGAAUGCUGCUGGGAAUAGAGAUGGCCAAAUCCGUCAACAGUCGCCGACUAGUCCGGGAUCUCCUGUCCCGCUUUCGAGCUCGGAUCCUCUUGCUCGACAACCCUGGAAUGCUCCAGUUCCCAACUUACCAUGGAGAGGUGGAAGAGUAGAUCCAUCUUGGUCACAUGCCGUCCCGGGAGCGGCUGGAGAAGGCGAGGGUCCUUCCAGUGAGGCAUCUUCUGGAGGGAUCGGUCGUAUGCAGCUUAUGAUGCGGCAGCUUUCAGGAUCAGGGCGUGGCCCAGCCCAACCAGAGGACAAUGGCUGGGGAUGGUGGCCGUUUGGAAGAGGGACAGAGAGCGUCUCUGUAGCUGGCAGACGCCGAAUCGAAAGUCGAGGAUUACGUCGGCAGGGAAGUGGUGCAACAGGAUCUAGAUCUGGAGAUCUUGUACCAGACAUCGGAGUCCAAGUGGAUCCUAGAAUGGCAGCUAUGGUGAACAUGGUGCGAGAAGUUUUACCUCAUAUGCCUGACGAACUUAUUGUACAGGACUUGCGCAGGACAAAUUCGGCAACUGCCACCGUGAACAAUCUUCUUUGAGUGUUGAUAUGAUGAAGAUUUUUUGCAAUACACAGCUGUUGUAUCUACCAAAAGCUGUCCUUAGUCUUCACCUGAGAAGAUCGACGUCUCUUCUUCGGAUCACGCCCCAACAGGGAUUGAAGAGCUGAUCUGUGAUUACUCCUGAUUGGCAGAGGUGUUACAAUAGAAACGUGGGAAUACAAGCCUAGGCUGGUCUUCUGUGUUACAGUAGAGAAUGUAAGAGUAACAAGCAAAUCUUUCUUUCUCGAUUAGACCUUCUUAAACCUAACCAAAUCGAAUCGAGCCUUGUUUUUUUCUGGGCUCUAUACAGUAAUGCUAGUUCUAUCAACAAAACCCUUGUGCCAUACUUCACCCAAGUAGUGUCAAGUCUGUCAGUAUGCUGUAGAUUCCCGAAAUCUAUUUAGAGUAUAUAUCAAUAAACUCAUGCGAAGGUAAACAGCUUUGCCGGCCCUUUAAAGUCUUUUGACCUGGACCUUGUUUUCAGUGCUGAACCAGUGAAGAGUAUGAACAAUCUGAGAUUGUUACUCAGUGACGUCACAUGUAGAGAACUCUGAGACCUUUGAAGGUUCAGGGGAAGCAUUGUUCGCUGACAAGUGGAGGUCUCGGAAUCUCUCUCCUUGGCCCAUGGAAGGCCACCUAUGAAGGAACAGGAUCCAUAAGAUGGAGCGGUUUCAGCCUGCAUGAGGCUCGAAGAACGAAGUUUUUGAGUCUGCACGGGGACGGAUGUGGGUCGUCUGUGAGGUACAAUGGAGUCAUCACAACAUCCAAGUUGGCUCUCUUGGUACACCGGCAGUCACCACUGCAAGACCCGUUCCGACUCCGGUGCAAAGUCGAUAAGUUUGCAUGAGUCGUGAGUUUCAUGUUCGGGACUAGCUCCAGCGGCCUGGUGGUCAAUCCAAAUGUUUUGUGAGAUCUAUAGGUCGGUGCUCAAUUAGCAUUCUGGUUUGCACAGACAGCUGUGAGAUGAUGUGCAGGCGAUAUUGUAGCUCAGAUUGUUCCUUGAAGCGGGGGGAUGUUAGGCUUACGAGGAUUCUCAGGGAGAUGGAUCUGUUGCUAGGCAGACAUUUGAUCAGGAAUUUUCGCGGACGUGCAGUGGUCUUUGUAUGGGCUUGCAGAGACGACCAUGAUGGAAUUAGAUCUGCCUUGCCAAAUGUUGGAGGAACCUCGACCUCUGAAGGCAAGCAUGUAUUCAGCUGGUUCAGCUGGUAUUUAACCUGGUUCCCUCGAGGCGCAUGCAUGAGGCCGGAGAGUUCCGAGUCGUCAGCCAUCUCCAGAUAUGUCUUCAAGGGAGCACAGUCGGUGCUCCCAAAGAAACCACAAUUUGGUAUUUAGUUAAAGAGCGCUACAAACUGCAAUGAGUUGAUGACUGCAAGGAGAAGAAACGAAGCUUGUAGCGUCUAAGGUGACAGGACAUUUCAGAGUUUGGACAUGUAUUGUCCUCAUCUUUCUGGAUCACGUAUGAACAUGCAUUACAGCUUUCUGGGUAAUGCUCCAUUUUCAGUACAUCUCACAAGAUACAUUUGAUGUAACCUUGAAGGGAAAGAUUGUCAUCGAGGUCUGAAUGGAAUCACGGGAUUAACAGCAGCUGGUUUACACAUGCCCACAUGUAAGGAGUCUUAUAUGUGAAUGCUUCCACCCAGUAAUACCAAUGCCCAGGACGUCUGCCAUAAAUCGGGGGGAUCGCUUGCAGCACAAUUCUGCCCUGA